AAACAAACAUGGCGGUGAUGUGUGAGUUGGCAGUGACUGAAUAGAUUUUGGUUUAGAGAAUGAUGGACAAAUAGAAGGUUAACCAAGGAACAGCAUCAUGUUUGCAAUAGCCUCGUACAUCACUCCCUUGUUGAUGGGAUAUCUGGAUAAAUACGUCGAGUUGCGUCAAGAGGAUUUCAAGAUAAACUUCUGGGAAGGUGACGCCACUUUAAAGACGGUCAAACUACGCACAGACUUCUUCGAGAAACUGCUUCAAAUUCCUGUCAUAUUUAAAAGUGGUCAAAUCAAAGAAUUGAAGAUCUACGUUCCAUGGCAUAAAAUUAAUUCUGAGCCGAUCGUGAUCACGCUGAAAACGGUCGAAUGUGUUUUAAAAGUCCGCGACACAGCGUAUGAUGAUCAUUCCAGCUCACAUUCCAGUGAACAGGUUAAAAAACAAUUACAAGCAGCGAAAGCGAAGCAGAAAUUAAAACGUCAGGAUUCGGAAGUUCUCCCUCCAGGCUACAUGCAAGGAAUGAUCAGUCGUAUUUUAAACAAUAUAACAUUAGUCAUCGAUAAUUUAGUUAUUAAAUUCGUUGAAGAUGAUAUUGUAUUGUCCGUUAACGUCAUGUCUGCCGAAUGCUACCCAGUCGACAUUAACUGGAAUCGGGCAUUCGUUGAUUUUAAUCCCCCAGAAUUCACUUCGCGGAAAGUCCUCAAAUUUUGUGAUCUAACUGUCUGCAUGGAUCGAGCAGAUGCCAGUGGAAAUAUCAAAUCGUACGAGCAGCCAUUGUUGUUUAAAUGCAUUGUUGCCUGUCGUAUCCUUAUGACUUACGACAGUCUGAAUGCGAAGCUGCCGAAGUUAACACGUUUUAAUUUAUUUUGUGAAGAAUUAAAAGCCACCAUCAGUGAUAACCAAUUACCGAUAUUUAUUCGUUUAAUAGAAUUAUGUAUUGCGUUGUAUUAUGGGGUUAUUCAUAUACCAGUCAGUGAGAAAAAACUUGAACCUGACAAACAGGAAGUGACCCGCAGUAGUGCAGUAGAUGAGACAAAUCAAGCAGGUAACGAGGUCAAUGCAUAUGGUCAAGGUUGGGGGGUGAAUGGGCGUGGUCGUUUGUAGUUGCUGAAGAAGAAGAAGAAUCGAGUGAGACGACAUCCAGUGUAGAUGUGAAGCCAGUUGUACCAGUGGUUUCUAUUGGUUUUUAUAUACA